AUGGCCGACCAGAUUGCUGUACCCCAAUUCCUGAAGAUUGGGGGGAGCCUGGAUACUUUCUAUCCGAUCAGGCCGGAGUGCCGCAGUGAUGUCCCUGCUUCUCGAUUCAAGCCCAGGCCAGGAAAAACUCUUAGUGCAAGACGAUGGCAUGCUUCAUUUUCUGAGGAAGGUAUAUUGGAUAUAGCUAAAGUGCUUAGACGAAUACAGAGUGGAGGUGUUCAUCCGACAAUUAAAGGUGUUGUUUGGGAAUUUUUACUAGGGUGUUAUGAUCCAAAGAGUACUUUUGAUGAACGUAGUCGACUAAGAGAGCGUCGGAGGUUAGACUAUGUAACUUUGAAGUCAAAAUGCCAGGAAAUGGAUAAGACAAUCGGCAGUGGCAAGAUAAUCACAACUGUAAUAACAGAAGAUGGUCAGCCUAUUCAGGACCCAUCAAGUAAUGGGACUGCUUCACAAGAGAAAGUGCAAUCCGAUGAUGCAGAUUUUCCAGUACAAAAUAAUGUAAUUCGAGACAAAGAGGUCAUUCAGUGGAAGCUUACCUUACAUCAGAUUGGUUUGGAUGUAGCACGUACAGACCGGGCACUUGUUUAUUAUGAAAUCCAGCAAACCAAGCAAAGCUUUGGGACAUUGCUUGCAGUUUAUUCAUGGUUAGACAAGGACAUCGGUUACUGCCAGGGAAUGAGUGACCUGUGUUCACCAAUAUCAAUACUUCUUGAAAAUGAAGCAGAUGGUUUUUGGUGCUUUGAACGUCUAAUGCGGAAACUGCGAGGUAAUUUCAAAUGCACGAGUAGUUCAAUCGGAGUCCAGGCUCAAUUGACUAUAUUAUCAUCUGUCAUAAAAGCUAUUGAUCCAAAGCUCCAUGAACACAUAGAAAAUCUGGAUGGAGGGGAGUAUUUGUUUGCCUUCCGUAUGUUGAUGGUCCUUUUUCGCAGAGAGUUCUCAUUUGUUGAUGCAUUGUACCUUUGGGAGCUUAUUUGGUCUAUGGAAUACAAUCCCAACCUCUUCUCUAUGUAUGAGUCGGAUGUUUCUGCUGAAAAAAGCCUAGCAGCGGUGGUAGGAGAUGAUAAUCUGCUGCAUUAUGGGAAGUUUGAGAGGAAGAAUGUGCAGGCCCGUCAUAAGGAUCCACGGGCCACUCUUACCAUCUUUCUUGUAGCCAGUGUUCUUGAGGCCAAGAACAAGCGACUGUUGAAGGAAGCCAAAGGUCUGGACGAUGUUGUCAAGAUCUUAAAUGACUUAACUGGACAUUUGGAUGCAAAGAAGGCAUGUAACGAGGCAUUAAAGCUUCAUAGAAAGUACUUGAGUAAGACCAAGACAUCAUAGUGUUGGGGCUGUAGAUCUGUUAGAACCACCCAUAAGCGGCUUUAGUGCCGGGCCAAAUGAGGCGUUACCUGGAGCUUUUCCCCAGUCAUUUUUUAACCUUUUUUUGUGGGUGUUCAUUUAUCCAUUUAUUUUUCAGAGCUCUCGAGUUUUUGGCUGUAUCUGCAUAUCAAAAUAAUAUUAUUGUAUCCGGGGAGACUCGUAGGAAUAUGAAUUCUCGUUUGUUAACUUUUGUUGUACAACAAUUUGAGUUAUUUUCCAGACGAAAUUCUUGUUCAGGUUUUUCUCAUCCAUUUGUGUUUCUUCUAUUAUGAGCAGCUGGUGCUAGUAUCAUGUAGCAGUUACUGGAUAUUAGAAUCACCGGAUGCUUGGAUGAGUUUAAGAGUUCAGCAAUGAAACUAUGAUGAAAAUUUACCUGUCUUCAA